AUGGCUGGCCACAUCGAUGUACACUUCCAUGCGCUGCCACCAGCCUACAAGGCUGCAGUGAAGGCGCAUGGUGGCGAUCCAUCAGGCUUUCCCGAGCCAGACUGGUCUCCAGAAGCGGCCAUCACCUCAAUGGAGGCGGUUGGCGCAUCUCUUGGAAUUAUAUCCAUCUCCUCGCCGGGUGUUCCAAUUACCGGGGCAGGUGAGGAAGGCCGCAAGCUUGCCCGCGAGCUCAACAUAUACCUCGGCGGCUUGGUCACGACUACAGAGGCCCCUUUCGUCGGCAGGUUCGGUUUCUUCGGCGUCCUGCCCGACUGGCAGGACCUCGAAGGAACCUGCGCGGAGAUCGAUUUCCUCUUCUCGGAGCAGAAGCUCUGCAACGGAGUGGGCAUCUACACUACGUACGGGAGCAAGCUGCCCGGCCACGAGAGCUUCAAGCCCAUAUGGCAGAAGCUCCAGAGCUACGGGGCCCUUGUGUUCCUGCAUCCAACGAGCUCGGAUUUUCAGCCCAAAUUCAUUGGCGGCUUCUUGCCGCAGCCCAUCGUGGAUUAUCCAUUGGCCACAACUCGGGCAGCCGUCGAUCUGGUAGUCACAGGUACCGUGCGGUCCUGUCCCGACGUAGAUAUCAUCCUCUCCCAUGCGGGUGGAACUCUUCCCUUCAUUGGAGCACGGGCUAUCGGCGCGUUAACUUUACCACAUCUUGCCGCUCAGGCUGGAGCCACGGACAAGGAAGCAGCCGCGGACUUCGCGAGUUUCUACUACGACACGGCGGUGAGUACGAGCGCGGUGCAAUUGAACGGGCUCGUGGAUUUCCUCGAAUCUUUGGGUGGUGACCAGUCGCACAUCUUGUUUGGCAGUGACUUUCCAUACGCGCCGCCGCGGAACAUCAAGGCUAUGUUGGGGAGUUAUAACAACUUUGUGGCUUCUAGCCGCCCUGCAUCUGAAAGUAUACGGCCAGAGAAUCUGAGGUCGAAUGGAAUCGCGCUGUUGAAGAAGCACUCCUCGAAACAGGAUUUUGGGUUCGGGUCACUCCAGUUUAGUUUCGAUAUCGACUACAACGAGACUGGCUUUAUGAAAAGCACGGCUUAUGGCCAAAUGGUGGUUACGAAUGCCGAUCGACAAGGAAUUGACAAGGCAGUUGAACCUGAAAAUCAGAAAUGGGCAACAUCUAUCGCUUGCAUCAAUGACGACGGAUUUGAUGUCGCUUCAUUUCUGAUCGUAUAG